AUGGACGACCCUACAAAGGCAGAGUAUGAGCUCCAGUCACAGAAACUACGUGCCGAACUCAAGACGUGGGAAACCUCUUGGGCAAAAUCCCACGACGGGAAGAAACCAGGCAGAGACGACAUCAAACGCAAUGCUGAUAUAGCACAAAAGUACAAGCAAUAUAACAAAGUCCGUGACAUCCUUUUAGAAAAGAUCCCACCGCCUCCAAAAGAAGCUCAGAAACCGAAGAAGCGGGAUGAAAUCCCUCCUCUUGCGCGAACGCCGUCGAAGAAACACAAGCAUGCCGAGACGCCCUCGAAGAAAAGGACGUACCCCGAAGAUGCCGCUCUUACUAGCACCCCGGCCAUCUCCAGAACCCUCUUUAGCCCUGCGGCCCCAAGAUCAAUUGGACCUACACCUCAGCGCGAUGGCCGCGUGCUUGGACUAUUCGACCUCAUGGUAGAGCGCGAGCUGGGUACGCCGUCAAGAAAAAACAUGAACAUCAACACCUCCGCCGAUGCAAGAGUGAUGACGACACCGAGAAAACGGGCGACACCCAUGGACGAGGAGGACGACGCAAAGUUUGGGCGGACACCAAUGUCGACAAGCAAACGGCAAAUGCUAGACAGCUUUAUGACACCUUUGAAGAAUAAAGCUGUUCUCGCAGCGGACGCCAAAACACCCACGACUGUUUCGAAGCUUCAGUUCAGCACUCCGUCCUUUCUCAAAAGACACACCCAGCCGCCACCAAGCAAGAGCGACGACUUCGCAGCGCCGCCUCUCCGAUUGCCUCGGAAACCAAUGGUCCGUGGUCUCAGCGCCAUUGUAGCAAGUCUCAGAAAAGUAGAAGAAGACAACCUAGACAAUGAAGAUGAACUCGAGGCUCUGCGGGAGGCUGAAGGCGAGACGGUGCAGCCUAAAGCACCCCCUAAGCCAAAAGAGGACUUUCUUGCUGCCGACAGUCAAGUCAACCUGCCUCUGGGAGGAUUUGAUGACGAGGGUAUUUACGAUAGUCCUGAUGAAGAACAGGUGGGACGUGACGGAAUGCCAUUGAGGAUAUACAAGAAGAAGGGGCAGAAACGGACAACGAGGAGAUCGAACCUGAAACCUGUCCACAUCAAACGGCCAUCCGCUCCCGCCGGGGAAGAGACACUGAAGGAGGACGAUGAAGGGGCUGUGCCAGAAACACGAGUCAAUGACGAUCCAGAGGACGACUACGAUGAGCUUGCGGACAUGGGAUCAGACUCGGAGUUUGAUGAGUCGGCACCAAAGACCAAGUCUGCGAAGAAAAAGGAAGAGAAGAAGACGGAGAAGGUGGGGACGGUCAAGAAGGCUGUUAGGAAGGUGAACGAGUUGGCGCACACAAAUUUCCGGCGAUUGAAGCUGAAGAACAACGGUGCGAAGGGCGGGCCUGGAUACAACAGCAAGUUCAGGAGACGACGCUGA